AUGGCAUCCCUCCCGACCGAAACCCGCCAGUGGCAGCUUGCCAGCCAUCCUAUCACAUAUCCAAAGUUAGAAGGACCAGAUGUAACAUUCGAGAUUGCCAAGGUGCCUCUUCCGGCCCUCAGCGACGGCGAAGCGCUUCUUCAAACGAUCUUCAUCUCCAACGACCCCGCAGCACGCGUUUGGAUCACGGGCGGAAAGGCAAAGCCCCGAGAGUAUGUGCCACCCGUCAAGGUAGGCGACAAGAUGCGCGCGAGAUCCCUCUCGCGGGUGAUAGACUCCAAGGCACAGAGGCUCCCGGUCGGCACUGUGGUGUUGGCUGCGGGCGGCUGGGCAGAGUACUUUACCACUCAUGAAGAUCAGUGCAUCGUAAUACCCCAAGGUUCGGGUUACGACUUGCCCCACUACCUUGGAAUCCUAGGACUCACCGGCUUGACUGCGUACUAUGGUCUUGUCGAUAUUGCUGCAACGACCCGUGACGAUGUUGUUGUUGUUAGCGGCGCCGCGGGCGCAACUGGCAGCACAGCAGUUCAAGUUGCAAAGAAAAUCAUCGGGUGCAAGAAGGUCAUCGGAAUUGCUGGCACAGAUGAGAAAUGUCGUUUUGUUGAGACUCUGGGGGCAGAUGUUUGCUUGAACUACAAAUCUUCGACAUUUUACGAGGACCUUUCAAAGGCAACGGAAGAUCUUGCAGAUGUAUUCUUCGGAGGCGACAUCUUGGAUUUCAUGUUCACCCGCCUCCGCCAAGGAGGCCGAAUUGCAUUAUGCGGUUCCGUAUCGAGAUACAAUAACUUGUCAGAAAAAGCGUCAUUCGCUCAUUUUGACAAUGUCAUCACCCAGCGCUUGAAGGUCAACGGGUUUGUGGUGCUAGACUAUCUCCACAAGCUCCCAACAGUCAUCCAAAUCUUCCAACAGGCGGCAAAGGAGGGUAAGCUGAGAGUAGAUGACGGCAGCCAAACUUUGGUUCCAGCCAAGUUUGAAGAGAUCCCGGAAGUUUGGUUGCGCCUUUUUGAAGGCAGAAAUCAAGGAAAACUUGUUACCAAGCUACUCUCGUGA